AUGUCCAAUCUCAAAUCAACCCUUCUCUGCAAAACAUGGUUCGGCUUCGACCUCGACGACACACUCCAUGAAUUCCGCAAAGCUUCCUCACAAGCCUCACAGUCCAUAUUUGAAGCCAUACACACAAGUGAAGGAAUCCAAAUUGACGUGUUGAGAACCACAUACCAAAAUUUACUACGCACAGCCACGGCCAAUGCGUUCACAGAUGGACGAACCUCGACUGAGUACCGUCGUGAACGAUUUACCCGGCUCCUGCAAGCCCACGGGGUAGAUGGCGACAUUACCGACAAGGUGGAACCGUUACUCAACAUCUACAUAUCAUCGUUACGGUCAAAUAUAGCCCUGAAACCUGGAAUCAUGGAAUUAUUCCGGACUCUUAGACAGCUCGAAAAGAAAAUUAUUAUUGUCACGGAAGGGCCUGCUGAUGCACAGCAGUGGACUAUUGAGGAGCUUGGAUUAUCGUCAUAUGUUGAUAUUCUGGUUACCACGAAUGAGGUGGGAAAAUCAAAGGUUGAGGGGUUGUUUGACAUUGUGUUGGAGAAGUAUAGGAUUGAUGCAGGAGAUAUUGUUUAUUUUGGGGAUAAUCCGGUGCGAGAUAUAUGCGCUGCAAGGGAGAGUGGGAUCUUAGCGAUUCUCUAUGAUGAGGAGAUAGAUAGAGUACCGCAUAAUCUGGUUGACCUGAGGAUUGAUUCCUGGAAAGUCUUGCGAGGUAUACUGUAUACUGGGUGA